UCGAUGCGGCAGCAGGAUCCUAACUUCCCCCCAGAGUUGGCCCGGCCGGUCUGAUCGUGACGUGUAUCACCGAGGAGUCCCUGAAAUUGUUCAUGCUGCUAAUAUGAAGUCAGCCAGUUUUGUUGGCGAUGUUAUGAAAUAAGAAAUUGUCGUGGAAGUCGUGUUCGGUCAGUGUUUCGGAAGCAAUAAUGCCUCUCACGGUCGGUGGAGGAGGUGGACUGGCUGAGAGAAAUGUGAUGUGCGUCUUGUUUCCGCUCGUGUUGUUGUUGUCUGUCGGAGUUGCUGCUAUUCAGGAGGAGCUGAAACCUGUCCAAGAGCAGCCCCCACAAGAGAAAGCCCCCAGUUCCCAUCCAGUAGGCCUACUAGUUUCUGAAGAUGCCACCAGCAAAGGAAACCUGGGUUUCAUUCACGCCUUCGUGGCCUCUUUCUCUGUCAUCAUCGUCUCUGAGCUGGGAGACAAGACAUUUUUCAUCGCAGCCAUCAUGGCCAUGCGUUACAACCGUCUCACCGUGCUCGCAGGGGCUAUGCUGGCCUUGGGCGUCAUGACUUGCCUUUCGGUACUGUUUGGCUAUGCCACCACCAUCAUCCCUAGAAUCUACACUUACUAUGUGUCCACUGCACUGUUUGCCAUCUUUGGUGUGCGCAUGCUGAGAGAGGGGCUGAGGAUGAGUCCAGAUGAAGGCCAGGAGGAGCUCGAGGAGGUGCAGGCAGAGAUAAAGAAGAAGGAUGAAGAGCUCCAGCGAUCUAAACUUGCUAAUGGGACUCCAGACGUGGAGGCCGGAUCAGGGACUACUCUGCCUCAGGGAAAGUGGCACAGCUUCAUCUCACCAAUCUUCAUCCAAGCUUUCACCCUCACCUUCCUUGCAGAGUGGGGGGACCGCUCGCAGCUGACCACCAUCAUCCUGGCGGCCCGGGAGGAUCCAUUCGGAGUUGCAGUGGGAGGUACAAUUGGACACUGUUUGUGUACAGGACUGGCUGUUAUAGGAGGGAGAAUGAUUGCCCAGAAAAUAUCAGUCAGAACAGUUACAAUCAUCGGAGGGAUUGUUUUUCUGGCAUUUGCCUUCUCUGCCCUGUUCAUCAAGCCAGAAGCUGGAUUUUAAUCGGAAGAAAGACUUUGAGGCUCACUCUGUACAUAAGUGUAAAAUUGACUGUAGAGAGACUGUAGUUUUGACUCAGUAGGUGUCCAACAGAAAAGUGUGUCAGGCUAAACAGAGAGCCAAAAUCCCGCCCGACUUUCCUCGAAAGCCUCUGUUCCACUACUGUCUGUGAACCAGUGGGAUUCCUCCUAAAGGUUCAGGUUCACAUUAAAUAACAUUUCCCACGAGUCUUAACUUGUAGUGCAGACCAAAGCCUCGUGGGAGGUGUCGACUGUUAUCAAAAUGUGUUUCAACUCUAUCAAGUGCAGACGUUUGACCUUUAGCUUUAGAACAGAAAUCCUUCCCAACUUGAAGCAAACCUCUCAGUGAGUUACAGAUUUGUGGAACAGGUGCCACCCAGGAGAGGAGGCAGGACUCAGUCGCUUUCUAUCAGAGCUGUUUUCUCUUCACAAGGAGUGUGAGACUGAAUUGUUCCUGGUUGCAGCCCUCUUACACUCUACAAGGUCCAGUGGUUGAGAAAUUGAACCUGACAUGAAGUACUUUCCCUCUCAUUCUACAGUUAGGCACCGAGUCCAUUUAUAAAUCUCUUUGCCUUUUUUGUUCUAUUUUUAAAUGCUGAAUGGUUGGUUUUUGUUUUUAUUUUUUGGUAUGUUAAAUAUGAGCCCCGAUGCUGUCAGGUGACUGUCGACAGGAAACUAUUCAUAGACCGAGCUGCUGGAGUUCGUCACUUGUCCAGCAGUCGAGGCUGGUGUCGUUUCCACCCUCCUCUGUGAGCGACGCUGUUUGCUUCAGUGCAUUAAAAACCCCUCUUAUGUGAAGCGGGUCGACUUCACAUAAGAGGGGAACACUGAAAGCAGAGCCAGCAGCAUAUAGCAUCCAACUUUUUUUUUGUGUGAUCUGAUUUAAAUUGAGAUUUUAUUUUAGGCAGAAUACAUCAAAUAUUUCCCUUAGUUUCACACAGGAGCAGUGACAGAUUGAACUCCUAGAAUAGUUCUGUGCAGACCUGUUCAAAGGACAGUGUUUGCAGAACGCUGAUCGACAUCAUACGUCCAACAACAAAACACUUAUCUGGUUGAAGAAGGGCCAGGAAUCAUCUCCACAGGUCGUUUCUUCCUCUACGAUUUCACUGCCUCACCUGCUGCUGCCCCAAACCAGUUAUGGGAAGAGAUUUUCAAAGAACCACAGGUACAGAAUAAAUCUACACAAAGAAUGCAGUAUAUUUCACUCCUAAGCUGUGAUGUAGCUGCAGCAACAUCUCAACAUAAUUCCAAACCCUACGUUUCACCUUUUAUUUAAAGCGGUGUCUAUUUAUUUAGCUUCAUUGUCCUUUUAGGCGUACGUACUGUAGGCACACCAGGUGGGAGAGGACACCCUAAGAAGGAAUGGAACUACUUUUUUUUAAGGCUAAAGCUGCGUUGUCAAUAUUUGACAGGCUGUGCCCCGCUGUGAAAUAUUUCUGUUUGUCAUACAGGUUGUUUGAAAUGCCUAUAACUCUAAAAUGCUCAAUAAAGCCAGUUUGAUGUGUCAUCUGAUUUCUAAACCA